CCUGCAAUCCUACAAGCAGACGGCCCCAGCUGAAGGGAGGAACGAACAGAGAGACGGGGGAGGUGAGCAAUGGAGAAGUCGACGGAGACCGCCGCGGAGGAGGUGGCGGCGCAGUUCAGGUCACUUGUGGACGCCGAGGACGUCGCCUCCAUCAGGCAGACGCAGCACCUCAUACUGGGGCGAUUGCAAGAUGGCAAUGCUGUUCUUACACAUUUUAAUGAGUAUUCCGAGCAAUGCUUUGCAGAGGUGUCUAGUGAUUUUGCCAGUAAAACCCGCCUUCUCAAGUCCAUGAAGGCUGAUCUUGACCAUAUUUUCACAAAGCUAAGAGGGAUGAAAGCGAGGCUAGCGGCCACUUAUCCGGAUGCUUUCCCUGAUGGUGCAAUGGCAAAGACGAUGGACCAAAGACCAGACCUUGAAAGUCCUCUGGAUUAGUCGGUCUAGCACCAAAAUUUGGCAUAUUGAUGACGAGAUAUGCAGGCAUAGCUAUGAGUCAUUUGGUUCCUCUACUUGAGAACUGAAGCAACAUAUCUUCUCCUUAUGUUGCUGCAGAAAAUUCCAGCUUUGAGGAACUUAUGUUUCUGCUUAUACAGUUGUAACUCUGUGUAUUAUAACAGUGCUUAAUAGAUCAAUAUUUUUGUUUUGAUGUAA